ACAAUAUUUUUUUCUCUCAUUAAUAUUCUUGACUAAUACAAUUAUGGUUAGCAAGAAACCAAAAGUAGUUAUAAUUGGGGCAGGAAUGGCUGGUCUGACAGCUGCUAACAAACUUUAUACAACAGCAGGGUGUAAAGAUUUGUUAGAUUUGUGUGUUGUGGAAGGUGGCAAUAGAAUUGGUGGAAGAAUUAACACAUCAGAGUUUGGUGGUGACAGAAUUGAGAUGGGUGCUACUUGGAUCCAUGGAAUUGCAGGCAGUCCUGUUUACAAAAUUGCUCAAGAUAUAAAUUCAUUGCAAUCUGAGCAGCCCUGGGAGUGUAUGGAUGGGCUUUUGGAAACUGAAGCAAUCACAGUAGCUGAAGAUGGGUAUGUGCUUGAUUCUUCUUUUGUUGAGCCCAUUUCGAAUCUUUUCAACGAACUUAUGAAUAUUUCUCAAAGGAAAUUAGUUACUGAAAAUGAAAUACCUAAAUUAUCUAAUGUAAUGAGUAUUGGUUCUUUUCUUCGGAGGGGUCUUGAUGCUUAUUGGGAUGAACAUGAACAUGAACAUGAAUUCAAAGGGUUGGAUAAACGGAGAAAAAGAAUAUCACUUGAACAAGGCAUUUUUGCCAUGUUUGAGAGUAUCCAAAGGACUUAUACAUCAGCUAAUGAUUUGGAAAUGCUAGAUUUCAAUGCAGAAAAAGAGUAUUGCAUGUUUCCUGGAGAAGAAAUAACUAUUGCCAGAGGCUAUUUAUCUGUGAUUGAAUCUUUGGCCUCUGUUCUACCGCCUGGUUUGAUUCAAUUAGGCCGAAAAGUCACAAAGAUUGAGUGGCAGCCUGAUGAGUCGUUAGAAAUUGAAAAUGGCAAUAAUAAGCCACCAGUGAAGCUACAUUUCGCUGAUGGAUCAAUUAUGUAUGCGGAUCAUGUCAUAGUUACAGUCUCACUUGGUGUUUUAAAACAGGGGAUUCGCGAAGAUUGUGGUAUGUUUAAUCCCCCACUUGCUAGUUUCAAAACAGAAGCAAUCACAAGGCUUGGUUUUGGUGUUGUCAACAAGGUAUUCUUGAAACUAACUCCGACCCCUGAUGGCAUAAAGUUUCCCUCCCUACAGAUGGUGUUUCAUAAUGAGUCGGAACAAAACCUGAAAAUCCCUUGGUGGAUGAGGAGGACAGCUAAUUUGUGUCCAAUCUAUGGCAACUCAAAUGUUUUAAUAUCAUGGUUUGUAGGUAAAGAAGCUCUUGAGGUGGAAUCUCUUGGUGAUGAGGAGAUCAUUGAUGGGUUCUCAAAAACUAUCUCUAGCUUCCUAAUAAACUCACAUUCUGAUGAUGCAGAAAGUAUGUUUAAAGUGGAAAAGGUGUUAAAGAGUCAAUGGGGAAAUGAUCCACUCUUCUUGGGUUCAUAUAGUUAUGUAGCAAUUGAUUCUAGUGGAGACGAUUUGGAUGCCAUGGCUGAGCCGUUGCCAAAAAAGACUAGCAUUCAUUCAAAUAUUUCACCUCCGCCACUUCAAAUUCUGUUUGCAGGGGAAGCAACACAUAGAACACACUAUUCAACAACUCAUGGUGCUUACUUUAGUGGCAUUAGAGAAGCCGAUAGGCUUCUUCAACACUAUCAUUGUAUUGAGAUAUGAAAAAAAAAAUGUUUGUUGUCUAUAGAACCUAGGCAGGUAUUUUUCUUUAAUUUAUUUUCCUGAUGUAGUGAUUAAAGAAGCUCCUUUUGAAUUUUCUAUUGCUUUCAAUAUGUUUGAGAUUCUUAUUUGA